GGCGAGGGCUGAGGCGGGCGGGCGGGCGGGCGGGCGGGCGGGCGGGCAAGGAGGGCCGCUUUCCGCGACGGAGGGCGGAGCCUCGGAGCCGCCACGACCCUCUCGCCUGCGGAGGCGGGACUCGCCCGGCCCGGCUCUUCCUCCUGCGGGAGGGCGGCGGCGGCGGCGAUGGCGGCGGCGGGCGAGGAGGGCCUGGACUACUCGGUGCACGAGGCCUGGAACGAGGCCACCAACGUCUACCUGCUGGCGGUGCUGGCCAGCCUGGCCCUGCUCGUCUACGCGCGCCGAAAUAAAAGGAAGAUCAUGAGAAUUUUUACACUACCUCCAACUGUAAAGAUACCAUCUGAGCCAAACUUUUAUGACAGUGUGAAAAAAAUCCGCCUUCGACAGCAGUUAGAGAUGUACUCUAUUGCAAGAAAAUAUGACCAGCAGCAGCAGCCACAGAAACAGACUGACAGCGUACAGCUUUUAGUGGAGUGAAGUCUCAAACCUGGAGUCAAGAAAGGGACCUGGGGUGUGACUGGGCAGUUGGUUCUGUGCAACUUUAAUGGAAUAUAUUUUCUCUUGUCAAAACCUGUUCACCAUUUUUGAUGGCUGGUCCUGCAUAAAUAUGUAUAGAGUGAAACUUCAAAAAUGAAAGUCUAAUUAAUAUUACUCCUAUUCUUGUCGCUACCUUACAAAUUAUUUCCAGGAAAGCAGGAGAUUUGUGGGAUCAUGAAGACUUCAUGGUGGACAUCUCAGCUUGUUUCAAGUAGUGGUUUCUCAAUCAGAGGGUUGGGAAAGGUUUAUGGUACCUUGGAAGCAGCUGAGUGUUAAUAGUUUGGUUUGGGUAAUGAGCAGAAUUUUAUGUUGAGAGGUUCACAGUAAAUACAACAUCUCCUGGUUGGUCAAAGAAGCAUAUGGAAAGAUAAGAAGACUGUGGGAGAAGCAGGUCUUCCUGUUUGACUGAAGUUCAUGCCAGUGUGCUGUGCCUCACUAAUGGGUAUCUCUCAACAUGGUGGCCAUUGGUCAAACAAACCAGAAUGCAGAGGAAUACCUAUUUGGUUGUUGCUCAUAGUUUUUUUAAUGGUUUUCUGGCUUUUAUUUUUUAAAAUGAUAUGAAAAAAUAUCUUUAAAAUAUAAUACAAAAAUAUUUAUAUUUUCUGUGCCGUUGCAAAUACUUGGUAGAAAAUUCAGCAGAGUUAGUGUACGGAGCAUAUUUGCAGAUUACAGUGCUAAUGAUUUAAGAGAAAUUCCCUGCUGGAUAAAGUGUUUAGCAAAGCUGUAGUUCUUUAUGGAAGCCAACCUUUCCCCAUGGCUUCUAAAUGAUCCUUUAAAGGAGGGUUGUUACCAAGGAGGCCAUGGUGGGUAAUAACUGGUAAAUCUUGAAUGUACCUCAAGAGCUACAUGACUGACACACCAGCGGUGUUCAGAAUUAGCCUACAAAUAAAUGUCAGACACAACUUAUAAUAAUUUUAGUGAAAUAAAAUAAAUAACAAGAAUAAUUUA